CGCUUGUUUGAAAAGAUAUGAUAGUAAUGGCGGCUGUCAAGUGUUCUUCGUAUUUGUCCAUAGACAAAGAGAGAUAGAGUGAGAGAGAGAGAGAGGCAGAGAACCAUAGAAAUGGCAAGCAGUUCAUGCCUAAACAUCGCCAUUACUCAGCCCUGCGUUUCUCUCUCUCCAUCAUUUUCCCCAAAUUCAAAGCAGCCUAACCAAUCUCUCCUUCCCCAGUCUUCUUUCACGCCGAUUCAUUCUUCUUCCCUUGCUCUCCGUUCUAAUCAAAUCCUCUCCCACCCUCGCUCUUACAAGCUCCGUUUACCAAAUGCCCCCAAUUUCCACGUUGCAGCAUCGGCUAAGGUAGAGCCAUUGAAGGUAAUGAUAUCAGGGGCUCCUGCUUCUGGUAAAGGUACACAAUGUGAGCUCAUCACCAAAAGAUAUGGUUUGGUGCAUAUUGCUGCUGGAGAUUUACUGAGAGCAGAAGUUGCUUCAGCAAGUGAAAAUGGGAAGCGAGCAAAAGAAUACAUGGAGAAAGGAGAGUUGGUGCCAGAUGAAAUAGUUGUUAUGAUGGUCAGGGAGCGUCUGUUGCAACCAGAUUCUCAAGAAAAAGGAUGGCUUUUAGAUGGAUACCCUAGGAGCUUAUCUCAAGCAGCUGGUCUUGAGGAUUUUGGGAUUCAUCCAGAUGUUUUCAUUUUGUUGGAAGUUCCUGAAGACAUUCUAGUUGAGAGAGUGGUUGGACGAAGAUUAGAUCCUAUUACAGGGAAGAUAUACCACUUGAAAUAUUCCCCCCCGGAGAAUGAAGAAAUUGCUUCUAGGCUUACUCAACGUUUUGAUGAUACUGAAGAAAAGGUCAAGUUGCGGCUACGCACGCAUCAUCAAAAUGUGGAAGCUGUGCUUUCUAAAUAUAAAGAUAUCACAGUCAAGGUCAAUGGAAAUGCCCCCAAGGAGAACGUGUUUGCACAAAUUGAUGCUGCUCUUAUACAACUACUUGAGCUUAGGAAGGAGAAUUCUGGAUCUAUGGCUGCAUAAAUAAGACUAGAUUAAAAGGUGGUUCAAUACCCUUUUACACAAUUUAUUCUUGGAACUUGCGUAAUAACCAGUUCAAUGUUUCGUUUCUUUCUUUAUUUUUUGGUAAAAAGAAUAACUAGUUCAAUGUUAAGAAUAGUACCUUGCUGAUUUUAUGAUCUUUUAUAGAGUUACUAGAGUGUCCCAUCUGUUACCAUCAA